UUAGAAGACACCCCACACAAUAAGUGAGUUUACCCCGCCAUUAUUGCUGCCUUGCCGCGAGCUGCCCCACCAAAAACGGCAACCACAACUUCUUCUCCCCUCCAAUCCACUUCACUUUCAGCACCACUUUUAACAGAAUCUUGCUGACCUUUCACUCCCCAUUACAGUAUCCAACAUGUCUGAGACUUUCGAGUUCCAGGCUGAGAUCUCUCAGUUGCUCUCUUUGAUCAUCAACACCGUUUACUCGAACAAGGAGAUCUUCCUGCGAGAACUCAUCUCGAACGCUUCCGAUGCUCUGGACAAGAUCCGCUACCUCUCCCUUUCCGACCCUUCUGUGCUCGACUCCGAGAAGGACCUGCGGAUAUCCAUCAUCCCCAAUGCUGAUGAGAAGACCUUGACGAUCAUCGAUACCGGUAUCGGUUUCACCAAGUCUGACCUCGUCAACAACCUUGGUACAAUUGCCCGCUCUGGUACCAAGCAGUUCAUGGAGGCUUUGUCUGCUGGCGCGGAUAUUUCUAUGAUCGGACAGUUCGGUGUUGGUUUCUACUCUGCCUACCUGGUGGCCGACAAGGUCCAGGUCUACACCAGGUCGAACGACGAUGAGCAGUACCUUUGGGAGUCCUCCGCCGGCGGAUCCUUCACCAUUAAGUUGGAUGAGGAGGGUCCUAAGAUCGGACGUGGUACCAAGAUUGUCCUCCACAUCAAGGAUGGUCUCCAGGAGUACCUCCAGGAGUCCAAGAUUAAGGAAAUCGUGAAGAAGCACUCCGAGUUCAUCUCGUACCCCAUCUUCCUCCACACCACCAAGGAGAUCGAGACUGAGGUUCCCGAUGAGGACGAGGAGACUACCGAUGCUGAUGCGGACAACAAGCCUAAGAUUGAGGAGGUUGACGAGGACGAUGAGAAGAAAGAGAAGAAGACCAAGAAGGUUAAGGAGAUCAAGGAGGAGGAGGAAGAGCUCAACAAGACCAAGCCGAUUUGGACCCGAAACCCCACCGACAUCACCACCGAGGAGUACGCUUCUUUCUACAAGUCGCUCUCCAACGACUGGGAGGACCACCUCGCCGUCAAGCACUUCUCUGUUGAGGGUCAGCUUGAGUUCAAGGCCAUCCUCUUUGUUCCCAAGCGUGCUCCUUUCGACCUUUUCGAGACCAAGCGUGCCAAGAACAACAUCAAGCUUUACGUCCGCCGUGUCUUCAUCACCGACGAUGCUACCGACUUGAUCCCCGAGUGGCUCAGCUUCGUCAAGGGUGUCGUCGACUCCGAGGAUCUCCCUCUCAACUUGUCUCGCGAGACCCUCCAGCAGAACAAGAUCAUGAAGGUCAUCCGCAAGAACAUCGUCAAGAAGACCCUUGAGAUGUUCAACGAGAUCGCCGAGGACCGUGAGCAGUUCGACAAGUUCUACACUGCUUUCUCCAAGAACAUCAAGCUCGGUAUCCACGAGGACGCCCAGAACCGCCCUCAGCUUGCCAAGCUUCUCCGCUUCCACUCCACCAAGUCUGGCGACGAGAUCACCUCCCUCGCGGACUACAUCACUCGGAUGCCCGAGCACCAGAAGAACAUGUACUACAUCACUGGUGAAUCCCUCAAGGCUGUCUCCAAGUCCCCCUUCCUUGAUGCCCUCAAGGCCAAGGACUUCGAGGUUCUCUUCCUGGUCGACCCCAUCGACGAGUACGCCUUUACUCAGCUGAAGGAGCACGACGGCAAGAAGCUUGUCGACAUCACCAAGGACUUCGACCUCGAGGAGACCGAGGAGGAGAAGAAGCACCGUGAGGAGGAGGAGAAGGAGUUCGAGGGUCUCGGUAAGACACUCAAGGAGGUUCUUGGCGACAAGGUUGAGAAGGUCGUUGUCUCGCACAAGAUCGUCGACGCACCUGCUGCCAUCCGUACCGGUCAGUUCGGUUGGUCUGCCAAUAUGGAGCGUAUCAUGAAGUCUCAGGCUCUCCGUGACACUUCCAUGAGCUCCUACAUGGCCUCCAAGAAGACUUUCGAGAUCUCUCCCAAGUCUCCCAUCAUCAAGGCCCUCAAGGUCAAGGCUGCUGAGGAGGGAGCCUCCAAGUCGGUGUCGGACAUCUGCCACCUUCUCUUUGAGACCGCCCUGCUGUCUUCCGGCUUUUCCCUCGAGGACCCCAACUCUUUCGCCAAGCGCAUCAACUCCCUUGUUGCCCUCGGUCUGGACGUGACUGAGCCCGAAGAGAAGUCCGAGGAGACCACUAGUGCUGCUGCCCCCGCGGCGGCGGCCGCUGAGAGCUCCAUGGAGGAGGUUGACUAGACGGGAUAAUUCUUUUGGGUGUUUUUCUUCAUUUGGCUUGUAGUCUAGUACCUUUUUCUUUCUCUUUUUCAACUUGUUUUUUUCUGGGGCAUUCUGUUUUUUUUGUUUCCUUUUAUCAUUCUUCCUUCUCUUCAAAAGUUGCGGGUAUGAAUUGAUGAGAUACGAUCGGGGUUCAAUGGGCUGUUGGGUGUUUGUUCUUUUAUUCGACGUCAUCUUCUAUUGUAUGUAAUAGAAAUAGGAGUCGAUUCACUCAA